ACCUGUGCCCGGUCCCCACCUUGUCACCAGCUCAGAGCACUGAGUGCCACAUCCAAGUGUUCCAUGGACACCUCCAGGCAUGGGGACUCCACCACCUGCCUGGGCAGCCCCUCUCAAGGCCUGACCUCUGUCUCCAUGAGGAAAUUCCCCCUGAUGCCCGACCUGAACCUCCCCUGGCACAGCUGGCAGCCCCAUCGAACACAAUAUGAGAGUCCCUUUGUUCCCUCUGGAGCUGCUGGAGCAUCUCGGUGGGAACUGCUCCCUGUCAGCUGGUUCUCCUGGAGAACAGAGCACUUCUGUGCUCCAGCCUCCUUUCAUGAUUAGCCUUUGCUGCUAAUUAGCCUGUCUUGGUCUGCAUUGCCCUAAUUAUUCCAGUUGGCUCUAAAUCCUGCCUGCUCCUCUGCCAUCCAUUGAAAUGGGUCUUGUGGCAUUUGCAAUUAUUUUGGGGUGAAUAUUUGAAUAUAUUUACAUGACAGAAACAGAUGAAGAGAGCAGGAAGGAGCAGCACUUGUCUUGUUAAUGGCCCUGACUCUGCUUGGUGCUGCAAAAAUGCCAGAGCUGUUGGAUGUCCCUCUGAUCUACAUCCCAACAAAUCCACCCCCUUUAUCCAUACUUGGGGAUGCAGUUGAGGCUGUUUAGCUUCAGCUCUUUGGCCUGUCAGCAAAACAGAAUCCAUGGACGGCCCGUUCCUUCCACUCCAUUCAGCUCUUGCCCCAGCCACAUAAUCACAAAGAACUGGAAAUCCUGGGGUGAGCCCAGGGGAAGAUUGCAAAACCUGCACUCGCAACUGGGGCGGACGGGGGGGAGGGAGCGGGAAGCGGUGCCAGCAUUCCCGGGAGUCCCUCCGGGCACGCAGCUGAGCUGGGCACUUGCAGAGGCUGCAGCCUUCCUGCUGGAUGUCCUGCCGAGCCGUGGAAAACCCCAAAAAGUCUCGGUGCCAGAUGAAGUUUCACGGAUUUCUCUGUCAGAUGCCCGUGGGGUUGGACACUCGCUAGCAGAGAGCUGAAGCCCCCAGCCUGUGCCCAGGAGAGCAGGAUGCGGGUCACCACGCGCAGGGUGCUGCUGCUGCUGGGCUCGGUGGCAGCCCUGAUGGUGACCCUGCACCUCGGGCAGCAGGUCCUGGAGUGCCAGCAGGUCCUGAGCGAGAGGAGGCACAGGCUGAUGAGGCCGGAGAAUGAGGAGCUGGUGAUGGUGGAUGCCAACCACGUGGAGUACCGGUACAGCAAGGACAUGCCCCUGAUCUUCAUCGGCGGCGUCCCCCGCAGCGGCACCACGCUGAUGAGGGCCAUGCUGGACGCCCACCCCGAGGUGCGCUGCGGGGAGGAGACGCGCAUCAUCCCCCGCGUGCUGGCCAUGCGCCAGGCCUGGUCCAAGUCCGGCCGCGAGAAGAUGCGGCUGGACGAGGCGGGGGUGACGGACCAGGUGCUGGACGCGGCCAUGCAGGCCUUCAUCCUGGAGGUGAUCGCCAAGCACGGCGAGCCAGCCAGGUACCUGUGCAACAAGGACCCCUUCACGCUCAAGUCCUCCGUGUACCUGUCCCGGCUGUUCCCCAACUCCAAGUUCCUGCUGAUGGUGCGGGACGGGCGCGCCUCGGUGCACUCCAUGAUCACGCGCAAGGUGACCAUCGCCGGCUUCGACCUGAACAGCUACCGGGACUGCCUGACCAAGUGGAACAAGGCCAUCGAGGUGAUGUAUUCCCAGUGCCUGGAGAUCGGCCGCGCCCGCUGCCUGCCCGUCUACUACGAGCAGCUGGUGCUGCACCCCGAGCAGUCCAUGCACAACAUCAUGAGGUUCCUGGACAUCUCCUGGAGCGACACGGUGCUGCACCACGAGGAGCUCAUCGGGAAACCCGGUGGGGUGUCCCUUUCCAAGAUAGAGAGGUCAACAGACCAGGUGAUCAAGCCGGUGAACAUGGAGGCGUUAUCCAAGUGGAUCGGGCACAUCCCGGGGGAUGUGCUGCAGGACAUGGCCCACAUCGCCCCCAUGCUCGCCAGGCUGGGCUACGACCCCUACGCCAACCCCCCCAACUACGGCCACCCCGACCCCCUGGUUGUCAACAACACGCACAGAGUUUUAAAGGGGGAUUAUAAAACACCGGCCAAUCUCAAAGGUCACCUGCAGGUGACUCAGAACACGUCAUCUUCUCACUAAGAAAAUUAAUGAUUUCCAGAACGCUGCCAGUGGCCUGUUGUUGCCCGAGAAGGACGAGUGUGCAGUGGGCCCGUGGAAAUCUGUUCUCCAAGCAUAUUGCUUGCUCCUACUGUUGCCAAAUGACUGCGCUCCAGGAAUGUAUUUGCAUUUAUUUGCAAAGGCCAAACGUGCUCCACGGCGGGAACAUCCCCGGCCGGUCCCAGUGCUCUGUGGGGAAUGCAGCUGUGGAAACCCGGGCUGGGGGGACGGCAGGAGAUCACCUGUGCCGUGGCUGGAGAACUCCGUACAUCGCGUUUGUGUCUCGUGAUCCUGUUCCCCGUUCCCGGUGUGGGGAACAGCCCUCCCAUCCCCGCUGUUCCGUAUUCCUGGGAUCGGGAAGAGCCACCCCGGUCCUGCUGUUCCCAACUCCCAGGGUCAGGAACAGCCCCCUGGCCCUGCAGAGCCUUUGUGGUGCGUGUGCCCUCCCCACAACCCCAUCCCCGACCCUGCAGAGGCUAUUGCAGAGUUAAUAUAUGCCCCCCCUCCCCCCCCACCACCCAAGGUGUCGAACACCAUUAAAGUGUUGAUUUGAUAUUUAA